AUGGUUCAGGAUCAAGGUGAAAAGGAGAACCCCAUGCGGGAACUUCGCAUCUGCAAGCUCUGCCUCAACAUCUGUGUAGGGGAGAGUGGAGACAGACUGACCGGGGCAGCCAAGGUGCUGGAGCAGCUCACAGGCCAGACCCCUGUGUUCUCCAAAGCUAGAUACACUGUCAGAUCCUUUGGCAUCAGGAGAAAUGAAAAGAUCGCCAUCCACUGCACAGUCUGUGAGGCCAACGCAGAAGAAAUCCUGGAGGAAGGUCUAAAGGUGCGAGAGUGCGAAUUAAGAAAAAAUAACUUCUCAGGUACUGGAAACUUUGGUUUUGGAAUCCGAGAACACAUCAAUCUGGGGAUCAAAUAUGACCCAAGCAUUGGCAUCUACGGCCUAAACUUCUACGUGGCGCUGGGUAGGCCAGGUUUCAGCAUCACAGACAAGAAGCGCAGGACAGGCUGCGCUGGGGCCAAACACCUAAUCAGCAAAGGGGAGGCCAUGUGCUGGUUUCAGCAGAAGUAUGAUGGGAUCAUCCUUCCUGGCAAAUAAAUUCCCCUUUCAAUCCAAAAGGCCAAUAAAAAGUUUUCAGUGAAAUGUAAAAAA